CCCUAAACCCUGUUUGGCUUCAAUUUAUUUAUACCCCCUUUCCCUCACUCAGACACAUUUCUAGGGUUUUCGUUUUCGGCCAUCAACAAUGGCACUCUUUCUUCUCCACGAAACUGCUCUUGGUUAUGCCUUGUUCGAAGCUCAUGGAAUCGACGAAAUCGGUCAGAACACUGAAGCUGUUCGCAACUCUGUUACCGAUUUGAGCCGCUUUGGUAAGGUUGUUAAGCUUCGUUCUUUCAACCCUUUUACCUCUGCUCUUGAAAGUCUCGAACAAAUCAACGCCGUUUCUGAAGGUAUUAUGACCGAUGAGCUGAGGACUGUUUUGGAGACUAACUUACCUAAAGUUAAGGAAGGUAAGAAGGCAAAGUUCAGCUUAGGCGUAGCAGAGUCUAAGAUUGGUUCACAUAUACAUGAAGCAACUAAAAUUCCGGUUCAAAGUAACGAGUUUGUGGGCGAACUUAUUCGUGGUGUCAGGCAACAUUUUGACAAGUUUGUUGGUGAUCUCAAGCAAGGAGAUUUGGAAAAGGCACAGCUUGGUCUUUGCCACAGUUACAGCAGAGCUAAGGUUAAAUUUAAUGUCAACCGGGUUGACAAUAUGGUCAUUCAAGCAAUCUUCCUUCUUGACACACUUGAUAAGGAUGUCAAUUCAUUCGCCAUGAGAGUCAGAGAGUGGUAUUCAUGGCAUUUUCCUGAACUUGUGAAGAUUGUAAAUGAUAAUUAUUUGUACUGCAAAGUUGCAAAAUUUAUUGAGGAUAAGUCUAAGUUGGCUGAAGACAAAAUCGAAUCCUUAACUGACUUGGUUGGUGAUGAAGAUAAAGCAAAAGAGAUUGUAGAAGCCGCCAAAGCGUCAAUGGGACAAGAUUUGUCCCCUGUGGACUUGAUCAAUGUCCAUAUGUUUGCACAAAGGGUGAUGGACCUAUCUGAUUACAGGAGAAGGUUGUCUGAUUAUCUGAGCACUAAAAUGAAUGAUAUUGCACCAAAUUUGCAGUCGCUAGUUGGUGAUAGUGUUGGUGCUCGUUUGAUAUCCCAUGCUGGUAGUCUCACAAAUUUAGCUAAGUGCCCCUCUUCAACUCUCCAGAUUCUCGGUGCAGAGAAGGCUUUGUUUAGGGCAUUAAAAACAAGAGGAAACACUCCUAAAUAUGGUCUUAUAUUCCACUCUUCUUUUAUUGGUCGAGCAUCUGCCAGAAACAAAGGCCGAAUGGCUCGAUAUCUUGCUAACAAAUGCUCGAUUGCGUCACGAAUAGAUUGCUUUUCUGAAAAGGGUACAUCAGCAUUUGGGGAGAAACUCCGUGAGCAAGUUGAAGAGCGACUUGACUUUUAUGAUAAGGGAGUUGCCCCUCGUAAGAACAUUGAUGUGAUGAAAUCUGCUAUUGAAAGUGUUGAUAAAGACACAGAAAUGGAAACAGAAGAAGUUUCAGCCAAGAAAACCAAGAAGAAGAAGCAAAAAGCUGCAGAUGGAGAUGACAUGGCUGUAGAUAAGGCUGCAGAAAUUACAAAUGGUGAUGCGGAGGAUCACAAGUCAGAAAAGAAGAAGAAAAAGAAAGAGAAGAGAAAGUUGGACCAGGAGGUUGAAGUUGAGGAUAAGGUUGUAGAAGAUGGUGCCAAUGCUGAUUCAAGCAAGAAGAAGAAAAAGAAAUCAAAAAAGAAGGAUGCUGAAUAAACUAGAAUGGUUGCUGUUUCACCUGUUAUAUUUGUCAUGUUGCAGUUUUUGAUUGUGUUACAUUUUAGUUUUGCUUUGAACUUCUAACAGUUGCUGCACAUGUACUAUUGACUUUUGUUGAUUGCUUUUGGUUUAUUUAUUUAGAUGAAAUAUUUUGUCCUGCCAAGUUUCCCGGCAUGAUUAUAUAAUCUUAGUAGCUUAUGCACAGUUCUUGAUCUGUGAUUAUUAUUGGAAGGUUGAAACGGAAACAUACAGAUCAAUCAACUUUGUUGUUUAUCGAA